AUGGCUAUCCAGACUCCCAAGCAACGUAUCGCGAACGAGCGGUUUUAUAAGCGCAAUCAGCGCAACCUGGGCAAGUCCAGAAACACGCAACAGAGUUCGCGGUUGCCACUGUCCAAAACGUGGAUCGUGGUGCUACUGUUCUUAUUGAUCGGCGGCGGAGUGCUACAACUGGUGUCGUUGUUACUGUGA